AUGAGGGUGCUCAAUGUAUUGGCGUUGACCGGUCUGGCGACCGCGCUCGCUGUUCCCCUCGAGCGGAAAGCGGAAUAUGCGGUUCAUAGCGAACAUUUUGUUCCCAGGGGAUGGCGGAGGUUGGAUACACCACGCCCGGACGAUACAAUCGCCCUUCGACUCGGCCUCAAGCAAGGCUCUUUUCACGAAUUAGAACGACAUCUAUACGAAGUCAGCGAUCCGGAUCAUCCUCGCUAUGGACAGCAUCUGAGCCAUGGUGAUAUUCAAGGUCUUACGAGGCCGAGUGAGGACGCUCUGGACGCUGUGCAUGAAUGGCUUCAGGAGAACGGCAUCUAUCUUGACCGAGUUCAGUACAGCCCGGCGCGAGAUUGGCUUACCGUCGCCCUUCCUGUGUCUGAUGUUGAGGAUCUCCUCGAUACGAAUUAUCAUGAAUACACGAAUGACGAGGGUGUGAGAGUUGUUAGGACCACGAAGUACAGCUUACCACGCUCUCUGCAUGAGCAUGUCGAUGUCGUUCAACCGACGAAUUACUUUGGCAAUACGAAAGCACUUGGAGCAUCGCCUUUCGGUAUGGGAGAUUGGAAGUCUGGCGGCGACCACCAGCCUUGGCACCAUGGAGGUUCCGGCUCGCAGAAUCUCAGCGCCGUCUGCAACGAGACUGCCGUGACGAAUCUCUGUCUGCGAACGCUGUACAAGACCGUCGACUACGUUCCUCAGGUACCUGGGAAGAACUACGUCGCCACGACAAACUACCUCAACCAAACGGCGAACUACAGCGAUUUUCACAUCUUCAUGUCAGAGCAGAGGAAAGACGCAGAUCCAAGUUAUCAGUACAGCUACCAGAUCGUAGCGGACGGGGUCAAUAAUCAGAACAUGGAACCUCCUGAAGCAUUGGAAAUGGGUCUUGACCUAGAAGCAAAUCAAGACGUUCAAACAGUCGGCGGUUUCGUCUACCCUACACGCUUCACAACCUACUCAACCGGCGGCCUCUCCCCCGUCUUCACCCCCGACCUGCAAUACCCCACCAACGGCAACGAGCCCUACCUAACCUGGCUCUCCUACGUCCUCGCACAGAAAGACCUCCCAUACGUAAUCAGCACAUCCUACGCCGACGACGAACAAACCGUCCCGAUCAACUACGCCCGCCGCGUCUGCGCCGAACUCGCACAACUCGGCGCCCGAGGCGUAACUCUCCUCUUCGCCACUGGGGACUACGGCGUCGGAACAAAUGGAACCUGCCUCUCCAACGACGGGAAGAACACCACCAAAUUCCUCCCCAUGUUCCCCGCCUCCUGCCCCUACGUAACAGCCGUCGGCGGCACCCGCAACAUCCCCGAGGAGGUCGUAACCUGGGAUGAAUCCAACUCCUUCGUCUCCGGCGGGGGGUUGUCGAAUUACUUCCCUCGACCAGCAUACCAAGACGGUGUUGUGGAGAAGUAUCUCGGCGAGAUUGGAAGCUUGCAUGAGGGGUUGUAUAAUCGCACGGGUAGGGCGUAUCCAGACCUCUCCGCGCAGGGGUAUCGGUAUCAGAUUGUCUAUGCGGGACAGACGUUUUUCUUUGGGGGCACGAGUGCGGCGGCGCCAACUGUUGCUGGUGUCCUAACGAACGUCAACGACGCCCUCCUCGCCGCGGGCCGUCCACCGCUCGGGUUCCUGAACCCUUGGCUGUAUAAGAACGCCGGACGGGCGUUUAAUGAUGUGAAAGGGGGGAAUAUUUGGGGGUGUAAUACGUCUGGAUUUCCGGCGAAAGAGGAAUGGGAUGUUGCUUCUGGGUUUGGGACGCCGGAUUUUGGGAGGAUUUUGGGGGAUUUGUUUGGAAAGGGCGGUGGUGGUGAGUAUGGAGGUGGACAUGGUUGGAAGGGAUAG